AUGACGGUGACAGGCACGAAAAGAAGAAAAAUUGGGCAUUCCAAGGGGGAGGCGAAUGCCCAAAGCGCAACUGAUUCUCAGAAGCAUUUCUUUAAGAAUGCCUCGAAUUGGGACCUCGAACAAGACUACGAAUCCCGGCCGAGGAAGGGAAAGAAGCCCGAAAAGCCCAGCACUAGACUCCCUAUCAAAACGGCCGACGGAAGAAUAGAGGUUCUCAAGACUCUGGAUGACGAAGGCGACGAUGUCUCGGUCGACAGCGAUACAGAGUGGCUCGAGGGCAACGAGGACGGCUUGGACUCUGACCAAGAGGACGAGGCCGAACCAGAACCAGAGAAGCCAGAAAUCCCAGAAGAGCAGCAGAUUUUUGAAGCUCAGGAAGAAAUGGCAAGAAUUGCUGGUCUGCUAAACGAAAACCCUGAAGAGCACGUUGCCGGCCUCAAGGCGCUCGGCGACUACAGCAAAUCAAAUAUCAAGACGAUUCAAAUGCUCGCCAUGAUUACGCAAAUGGCUGUGUACAAAGAUAUUAUUCCCGGUUACAGAAUAAGACCCCUCACCGAACAAGAGCAAAAGGAAAAGGUUUCCAAGGAUAUCAAACUUCUUCGACAAUUCGAGCAAUCGCUUGUCAACAACUACCAGAACUAUGUCAAGGAACUUACACGCUGCGCCAAGUCCGAAUAUGCAAAGCUCGGAAACGGCCAGAGUCUCUCCAACGUUGCCUAUACCUGCGCCUGCACUCUCCUCACCUCUGCACCUCACUUCAACUUCCGAACAGAGCUUAUCAAAAUUCUGGUCUGGAGGCUAAGCAAGAGACGUCUUGACAGCGACGGCAUCAAAUGCCAAGAAGCUCUCCACACGUUGUUUAAAGAGGAUGACGAGGGUCGACCAUCCAUGGAGACUGUGUCUCUUCUAUCCAAGAUGAUGAGAGUACGAGAAUACCAAAUCGAUCAGGAUGUUCUCAACCUAUUCUUGAGCCUGCGUCUCUUGUCGGAAUACGGUGGCAAGGCUUCCAAGGAUUACGUCGAGCGACCCGAAGAGACCGGCCCGAAGUUGAAAAAGAACAAGCGCGAGUUCCGUACAAAGAGAGAAAGGAAAUCUAUCAAAGAGCAGAAGGCGUUGGACAAGGAUAUGGCCCAAGCCGACGCUCUUGUUAGCCAUGAAGAGCGAGACCGCAUGCAGUCCGAGACACUGAAGCUUGUGUUUGCAACCUAUUUCCGCAUUCUUAAACAACGCGAGUCGCAUCUUAUGGGUGCUGUGCUCGAAGGUCUUGCGAAAUACGCCAGACUCAUCAACCAGGACUUCUUUGGUGAUCUUCUGGAGGCGUUGAAAGACCUUAUCCGCCACAGCGACAACGACGCAGCUGACGAAGGUGAAGAAGGAGAAGAUAAUGAAGACGAUGAAGAAGAAGCUCCCGUGCGUAAUCUUACUCGCGAGGCCCUGCUCUGCACUGUGACGGCGUUUGCCUUGCUUGCUGGCCAGGAUGCCCACAACUCCCGCAACGACCUACAUCUCGAUCUUUCAUACUUCAUUACCCACCUCUACAAGUCACUCCUCACAGUCUCUGUCAAUGCGGAUUUGGAGAAUACCCGCCCUGCCGCAACGACUUCCCGCGCCACAAAAAUCAAUGUCCAGACAACCACCGUCCUCCUCCUCCGCUCCCUGACCUCUAUACUUCUUCCGCCAUGGAACAUCCGUUCGGUGCCGCCGUUGCGCUUGGCUGCAUUUACAAAGCAGCUUAUGACAACGUCGCUGCAGCUUCCCGAGAAAUCUUGCCAGGGUACGCUAGCGUUGCUUGGUGACGUGGCCAACACCCAUGGUAGAAAGAUCAAGGCGUUAUGGAACACAGAGGAGCGAAAAGGAGAUGGUCGUUUCAACCCUAUUGGUGACAGUGUAGAGGGAAGCAAUCCGUUUGCUACCACAGUCUGGGAGGGUGAACUGCUGAGAAAGCAUUUCUCACCAAAGGUCCGCGAAGGUGUGCAAUUAUUGGAAAAGGAGUUAUCGGGAAAGAAGUAA